UCAAUUCACAUUUUGGAAGACAUUAGGUGACUAAAGGAGAUCCUCAGGGUGAAGAUUUCUGCUUUUACAGGAUGCAGUCUACUGUUUCUGUCAUAAAUCAGGAUUGUGCAGUGUGUGAAAUUUAUGAUCUGUGACUUUACUAACAUGCUUUAAAUUAGUUGUUGGGGACAUUUUGACCUGCGCCUUUGAACUCCAAAACUUUGGAUUUUCUGGAUUGUACACAUGAAGAACAUUUCUUCCUAAAACGAAGGAUACGGGACUAUAACCAUGCUGCAGCAGAUUCUCAGUGACAUGUACAUCGAGCCGGAGCUGCUGGCCGAGCUGAACGAAGAGCAGAAGCAGGUUCUCUUCUUUAAAAUGAGAGAAGAACAGGUCCGCAGAUGGAAAGAGAGAGAAGCAGGGCUAGAGAAGGAGGAGGCUAAAACGGUGAAGCCCAAAAGAGUCUCAGUGAAGACUGUAUCGUGGAUGAAGGCGUCAGACAAUGACGUGUGGGUGUGGGUGAUGGGAGAGCAUCCUGAUGAUAAACCUUAUGACAAGAUCUGCGAUGAGAUCAUGGCUGAGAGGGCGGCAUUACAGGCCCAGAAAGAGGCAGAGGAGCUCAGGGCCAAGAAAGAAGCUGAACUGGAGAAACGUUUCUCUGGUUUGUAUAUGGAAAGCGAGGACGCUGCUAGGCAGGAAGAAGCCCGAAAGGCAGCUGCCCUGGAGAAGAGCCGAAAAGAGGAUUUCAAGAGGCGGGAGGAGGAGGAGAGACGAAAAGCCGAGGAGGAGGUCAGGAGGCUCAAGGAGGAGCGGGAGCAGCAGAUCUACAUGAACAUGAAGGAAUUACAGUGUCAACGGAAAGGCCAAGACAAAGAGGAGAAAGCCUGGCAGGAUUCAUUGCGGAAAUCUAAAGCAGCUGACCAGCGGAGACGUUCUCUGGCCAAGCAGACGAGGGAGGAUCACCGCAGGCGUUCUCUAAAGGCAGUGGAGAGAGGUCGAGUGGCGGCCAUCACCAAGGCCUUUGGAGGAGAGAAACCGGUUGCUGCACCUAAACCCAAACCCAGAAACCUCACUCUCAGUAAUGAGCCUCUUCAAAGGAGGGCCGGGGUACGUCGUUCAUUGUCAUCAUCCAGCCGGAAGGAGAUUAUCCGCUGGUUCAGAGAGGAACAGUUGACCCUCAGAGUUUGUUUCCAAGACGACGACAGCCGCAUCGCUCCCUGGUUCCACGGUAUAAUCUCACGCCAGGAGGCUGAGGAUUUGCUGAGCAAGGGCAGCCCUGGAGCUUUUUUGGUCCGUGUUAGCGAAAGGAUUUUCGGAUAUGUUCUAUCUUACCAAAGCCCGGACGGAAUCAAGCACUUCCUCAUUGAUGCCACAGACAGCUGCUACAUGCUGCUAGGAGACCAGAUCAAGUUCGCGUCUCUGGGAGAGUUGGUGGAGUACUAUAAGGAAGAGCCUUUACCUCCUUCUGGAGGUGAUCGGCUGCUACACGCAUGUGGACAGAAACCCGGCACUCUGGACUACGCUGAUCUCUUCACCUGAAGCCUGCAGCUCUGUAGCUCAGUGAGCCAUGGUACAGGAGAUCUAAAUGCACAUGCAUGCUCUUACGAGAUUUUGCUGCACACAGUCUACAGGCAUGGAGAACUGUAUAUUGAACAAACCUGAAGUGGGUGGUUACGCUGCAGUUCACAGUACGCAGGCUCCAUUUACCCAUCCAGACAUGCACAAAUGACCAUGCUAAAAAGAUAUGAAGGCACAAUAUGCACUUUUGAUAACAAGGCUGCAUUUUGAAGGAUUUAGAGUCAGGAUGAGGAUAAUCUGUGCCUCAUAACUCAUGUGUUCCACUUAUGAACUUUGGUAGUAUUCAAGCAAGCUGCUACUGUAAGUAAAUUCAUAUGUUUUAUGAACUUCCUGUUCAAGUCCAUCGCAACCUCGCGACAGCUUCCCGAUCCAGCCGUGAGAAUGAUUUCAAUACGUUCUUUUGUAACAGGAGUUCUUAAAGACUAUCUGGAAAUAUAUAUAUAUAUAAACUAAAUAUGAAAACUUUUGGAAGCUAUUUUGCUAAAAAGUGUUAAUUUCCCUUAUAUAUGGAGACUUUCGGGACACUUUUUAGUACUACUGACUGGGUAAGACUGGGCAAUAUGACGAUAUAAUUUCAAUAUUGCAACCAGUUACAUUACAAUACUAAUGUCUGAUAUAUAGCAGAUAUUGUGAUAUAUUUUUUAUAAUCUUUUUAAAAUAAACCACACACAAAUUUGAAGCACAAUAUUUUAAAAUUGUAAAAACAUUUCCCGUCAUUUUCAGCAUCAUUAUGCUCCUUUAUUUUUUAUUACAACACUAAUGUUUCGCUGGAAGUUUCUUAUCAAACCUGUAUAUCGUGAUGCAUAUCACAUCUGAUAUAUAUAUAUAAAAAAAUUUUUUUUGUCAUAUUGCCCAGCCUUUCCAAGCCCCAGACUGUCCUUGUCAUUUACAACAAGGUCAUACUUUAACUUACUUCCUCUAAACGCUUGGGGCAAAACAAACUACUCGUACACUACUGACUAAUAUUGAUCAAAUACUCUACACUAAAACAUUACUUACUCAGAAAUAGAGCUUAAAAGAUCAAAAACAGUCAUUAUAUACACUUAUACAGGUUUUAUUAAAUGUAUUAAAAAUGCAAACAAGAGCGUGAGCUAUAUGGCUUGCACACGACUUUCCAAGCAACUUAAACUCUGAAAAUUCCUCUGAUGUGCAAAUUAAAAACUCUGCAACCCAACAAAAUGUCAGCGUCAUAAAUCUCUACCUGAUCACUGAGGACACGCAUGCAUUUCUAAUGCUGCAACGUUGAUAAACGAAAGUCAUCAAAGAAGAACAUGAGCAUCUUUAUAUAGAUCCAGAGAGUAGUGAGAUCACGGCAUAGCCACUACUAAAGGAUCUCAGCUCUUACACUCGGGUCAUUUAUAUCCCUUUCUUCAUCCAUUCUUCAAUACAUCACCAUCAAACAGCUUCACAUUGCAAUACACCACUCAUUGUAAUAGUUGAUAGCUUGAUAGGUUAAUGCGUAUCUCCAGAAAUAUUGGCACCCUUCGUGAAAAUGAGCGCAAUUUUAUUUAUUUAUUUUUUUAAAAACCCAAUAAUCUACCGUAAGUUAGUCGGUUGUUUGUUUUUGUGUGGUUCCAUUAGAAACAAAAAUUAGUGCACCCCCCCCCUCCCAAAAACAAAAAACUGAUGUCAACAUUAUCAGCACCUUUACACUUAAUAUCUUUUAAACAAGUUUAUUCCUGCGAUGUCUAACAAAGUCCGAGACUCAUGUAAAAGAUGUUUGGAGGUUUUGCACAUUUGGACUUUCCUCUUUGAUUUACAACACAGACUGUGUUUAUUUACGAUGAUUUGGAAGUAUGUUUGGCUUAUCAUCUUGUUGAAAGCUCUAUCUAUGGCCAAGUGUGAACCUCCUGCUAGAGGGAACCCGGCAUUAACAGUCUGUGUGCCUUGUGGUGCUACGCGCCAACAUUUAAGCGAUUCCUCUGCUCGGUGGUUAAAGACGAUAGGCUGAACGGUGGGUUGUGCCACCUAGAGUGGAGGCGUUCUCGGUCAGCGCCACCUAUCGUGCAGGCGUGAAUAAGCCAAAAGCGACCGAUCGUUUCGCGUUCUUUGAACGCGACUUUUUAGGCUGAAAUAUCCUGGUACUUAGUAGAAUUGAAUGAGUAGCAUUAAUGAUGCACCUCUAUAUUUUAGUGUCUUUCACAGUGUAAAAUAUAGGAGGUGUAUAAUUAAUGCUACUCAAUCAAUUCUACUAAGUACCAAGAUAUUUAUAUUACAUAAAAUGGCAAUCUCUGACACGUUAUAAUUACAGAGCAAUUGCCCUUAAAAGAUACGUUACAAAAAAAGAUCAGUCAAUUAAACGCUACACUCUCCUGGGCAAAAAAAAAA